AUGAAGCGCCAGCCGGUCACCGUCUACAAUGUCGCCAUUCUUUUCUUCGUCUCCCUGGGGUCCAUGUCCUUUGGAUGGGCAGCGUCCAUCAUCUCGACAACGUUGGCUCAGCCGUCGUUCCUGGCAUACUUUCAACUUGACACGCGUCCCGACGGAACCGAUCUGAUUUCAACGAUGAAUGGCCUGUUCCAGGCUGGAGCAGUAAUUGGCUCUUUGGCCGUGUCGCCGGUCGCUGAUCGAUGGGGUCGAAAGGCCGCUCUUGCUUCUUCCGCAAUCAUCAUCAUCAUCUCCGGCGCAUGUCUCGCAGGCAGCACAAGCGUUGCCAUGUUUAUCGUCUUCCGCUUCUUCUCGGGCUUAGGGUCGUAUAUGAUUCUUACAGCCACCACAAUAUGGAUGAGCGAAGUCGUUCCCCCAGCAUAUCGUGGCGCACUCAUGGACAUAAGUGCGUUUGGUUUUGAGCUCGGCUACACGUCGUCCACCUGGGUUGGAUUUGGGUUUUACUUCUGGAAAAGCAAGAGCGGAGACGAAUGGAGGCCUCCUCUUGCACUGCAAUGCUUGUGGCCACUCAUACUUCUGCUUGGGCUACCCUGGGUACCCGAAAGCCCGAGGUAUUUGAUCCUGAAAGAUCGCGUUGAGGAGGCACAGAAAGUCCUUGAGCGCCUUCAUCACCGGCCCGGUGAUCCUGACUUGUCGUUUGCACGCACCGAGCUCUACCAGAUUCGAAAACAAAUUGCCAUCGACAGAACGCUACCAAGUUCUUGGAUUGAUAUGUUCCGCAAACCUUCAUACCGGAAACGCACGCUCUUCGCGCUGGGAACUAUUGGCAUUGUCCAAUGUUCAGGGGUCCUGGUGAUCAACAAUUAUGGGCCGUCAUUGUAUUCGGCGUUGGGGUUCUCCACCGCUCAGCAGCUCCUCUACCAGUGUGGGUGGAUCACCAUGUCUCUCGGGUUGGCGACAAUGGCCAUGCCGCUGAUCGACAUGUUUCCACGGCCAAGAUAUUUCAGUUUCGGCAUCGCAUUUUGCAUGGCUUGCCUGAUUGUGGAGGCUGCGAUCAUUUCCAACUUUGGUACGACUUUGACAAACCAUGCCGCUCUUCGAGCCGGGGUUGCCAUGUUUUUCGUGUAUCAGAUAGGGUACUGCGUCUUUCUCGACAGUAUAUCGUUCACCUACGUGACCGAGCUCUUCCCCACCCAUCUACGGGCAAAAGGUGCGAGCAUGGGAAUUGCCAUGCUCGCCUUGAUGAAUAUCAUCUGGCUUCAAGCUGCUCCCACCGCGUUCGAGAAUAUUGGCUGGAAGUUCUAUCUCUGCUUCAUCAUCCCAUGCAGCCUGGGGGGAUUGCUGAUACUCUUCAAAUGGCCUGAUACUAGGGGCCUGCCACUGGAGGAAGUGGCGGCUCUUUUCGGCGACGCCGACGAGGUAGCUGUAUAUCAACGAGAGAUUGAGUUCGACGGUGGCACGCAUACAGUGAUCGACCACCACAACGAGAAGGGCGCAAUCGGAGUUGCAGUAGAACAGGAAGAUGUAGGCCGCCGCGAAGAAACUUCUAGUGGAGCUGCGAUCUAG